UACAUACACAUUAAUAUGAAGUUAGCAUGUGACCUAUCGUAGUAAAAAUAUGAAAUUUAUUCCGUUAUAUUUUGUCACUUAAAUUUAAUUAGGUCUAAAUAGAAAAUAACGAGGAAGGCCAAUCGAGGCCAAUCAAAAAUGAUAUCGAUAAGAAAAUAACUAGGCAUUCUUGAGAAGCACGAAUAUUCAACGUGUCAGGUCAACGUGUACAAAAAUUUCACAAAUGGUGCGCAUCCCCUUAGCAAAUGUCAAUUGGGUUUUUUUAUCUGACGCUUUAUUUCCUUUCCUAGAGCUUCGGAUUAAAAAAUGUAGUGGAAAAAUAUCUGUGUUACUUCAUCAGAAUUAAAAUUAAUCUAUCAUCAACAUGAAUAAGACUUCGAAAAAAACUGGACAAACAUUGAAGUAUGUGAGUUUAAUUACUCUCACGCUUCAAAAUGCUAUGGUUGGCCUCAGCAUGCGAUAUUCGCGUACUAGAAUAGGAGAUAUGUUUCUAUCUUCCACUGCUGUUGUGAUGGCAGAAGUAGUUAAAUUAUUUACUUGUCUAAUACUCGUAUACAUCGAAGAAGGAAGCUUUGAGAAAUUUUACAAAGCAUUACAUAUGACAAUCGUGAAACAGCCUAUUGAUACUUUGAAAGUUUGUGUGCCAUCUCUCUUGUAUAUUAUACAAAACAAUUUACUUUAUGUGUCUGCAUCUAAUCUGGAUGCAGCUACGUAUCAGGUUACAUAUCAAUUAAAAAUUUUAACAACAGCUUUCUUCGCAAUAGCGAUAUUACGUAAAACUCUACGUAUCACCCAGUGGAGUGCUCUGGUGUUAUUAGUUAUUGGAGUAGUUCUUGUACAACUGGCUCAAAGCGUAAAAACGCCUUUACUCUCGGGCAUCGAACAAAAUCACUGGCUAGGUUUCUCCGCUGCUCUGAGCGCGUGUUUCCUAUCUGGCUUCGCGGGAAUCUACUUCGAGAAAAUUCUCAAAGGCUCUGACAUCUCUGUGUGGAUGCGAAAUGUACAGUUAAGCGUGCUAUCUAUACCGUUUGGCUUGGGCACAUGUUUUCUACAGGAUGGUGAUGUCAUAUACAAACAGGGUUUCUUCUUUGGUUACGAUUUGUUUAUCUUUUACCUGGUUAUCUUGCAAGCGGGCGGUGGAUUGAUUGUAGCCAUGGUAGUUAAAUAUGCUGACAACAUAUUGAAGGGCUUUGCUACAUCAUUAGCCAUUAUCAUUUCUUGCAUAGCUUCCAUUUAUCUGUUCAACUUUCAACUAUCACUUCAAUUCACUUUAGGUGCAUUUCUCGUAAUAUGCUCGAUUUUCCUUUAUGGUCACCAGCCGAAAAUUGUAUCUCUCGAUAAACAUACAUCUGCUGAAAAAGUCUGACAGUAGUGAAAAUACUGGAUAUCUCAGUAUAAUAUGAAUAAUUGAUUUUACAAAUUUUCACAAGAUUUUAUAAAUUUUCUCAUUAUUUAACAUUAAUUUGUGGGAUAUAGAGAAUUCUAAUGAUUUAGUGAAAAAUAGAAUCAAUUUAAAAGAAGAAUCAGUUUAAAGAACUAGUGUUGAUAAAUAAAAAUCAAUGAAAAAGAUAAAAGAUUUGACAAAUAUUCACAUUGUUAUAUUGAUACUAUGUGUAUCGAGAAAAAUCAGUAUCAAUAUCUUUGGUAAUAUUUUCUAUUGUAAAACACAAUGAUAUAAUUGAUACAAUGUAUAUAUGAAAAAAAAUCAAUUAGUGCAAUCAUAUUUUAUAUUUGAUUCCAGUAUUUAUCUCUCUUGUGACAGAAUGGAGAUUUUACACAAACGAUGAUAUAGAGAAAAGUGAGAUUAUAUUUGUAAUAAAUUCGAAUUAUUGUAGAUACAGAACAUUGACACUAUUAACUAUUCAUUCAUGAUGAUGAUGAUUUUAUUUUUUUAUAGCGAUAGUUUUAAAUACAUUCGUAUACA